AUACGACCGUUUAUACCGCUAUAGACUGUGGCGCCGCAAGCAAGUCCGUAUAGGUUAGCGCAGCUCUGAAUCUCAUGUCAACAAACGCGAUGCAAGUGACAGUGUGACGACAUAUCUCAGUGCUGCCCUUAAACACGACUGCAAAGACAUUCAGUGCGAUCUUGAAGGAUAUGCAGUGACUUUCGGUGUGUUCUUAGUAGCUCCUUGUAAGCCUAAUUCUCGUCCCAUGCAAAUCGCGAAUCUGGCGGAUCUGCACAACGAAAAGGUGCGGAGGUGGGUAGAAUCCAACCCUUUACCCACCCUCCAACAGAACAAUAACGUGGAGACGCCAAAGUCAACCUUCAAACCGAACAUCAACAACAACAUCGACUUCCAGACCUUCUGGAGACAUCCCUCCAAGGAAGAGAUGCCGAUGUUACUCCAACAACCACCCCCACACGUGCACCUCUCUGCCCACGAAACUGAUCAACCCCUGGACUUUACAAUGUCUAAGUUUAAGACAAAAACGGGCGGGUCGGUUAACGCGCAUCAAAUGAAAUUCAACAAUUUUGUGGCGGCACAACAGCACAUGAUGCUGUUGCAGAACAAUGGGGUGCUGUUUAAUAGAAGCAAUAAUAACAAGAGCUAUACGCGCGGUAGUAGCCCUUCGAGUAGUUCCGAAGAAGAGGGUGUUGGACCUCCGACCACCAGCUCUCCACUAAGAUCUCUCCCAUCUAGUCCUGGACCUCUCAGAGGAGAAGAUAUUCCAAGCUCACCCAUCACACCAGUGGCCGAGAAAAAGUUCGGAAAAAUAUGGAUGAAUGAACCUGAAAUAAACUGGAGGCAAGAUAUGCAAUUACCUACUGCCGAAGAAUCCAAAGCAGCACUUCAUUCAAGACUUGGACUAUCCCCACCAGCUGAUCAACGACCACUUCAUAGAUUGGAUAAAACACCAUCAACUCCUCAAUCUAACGAAGAUGCGAAUGGAGAUGUCAGUGGUGAUGACCAGAGUCUAAUUAGUGAUCGGGGUGAUCAUCACGACGAGAAUUCCUUGGAAUCUACAAGAGAAGGGGCACUAAACUUGGUAACAAAUGAGCCCGAACAGCAGCCAAGGAUACCAUCCCCGAAUUCCCAGGUCACAAGUUCUAGUCCAGCCGUCGGCGCUGCUCUGGCAGCUUUGGGAGGGCUUGGAGGUAUCUUUGGAAACCACCUCCAGAUGUUGGGCAGUUUGCAAGCUCUACAAAAUCCCCAGAAUCUUCAGCAGCUACAACAAUUGGCCAUGCUUCAACAGGCAAGCGGAAAUCAACUCAACCCCCAAACACAAUUUUUCAUACAGAACCAGGGGUUUCUACAAGGAUUUCCCAGAACACCUCUAACAACAAGGCCUCCACAUUCGAUGCAGGUACAACAAAUUGCUCAACAACUUCAACAACUCCAAAAGUCACAACAUCAGCAACAAAAUGUCGUACAACACCAGCACAACACAAGCAUUCCCACGAACAAUACGAUAGUGCCUCAUCAAACUCAAACAACACCACCCAACAAUGCUGCACACAUUCCUGCUAGUCUACUCACUCCAAGCACUCCUGGUUCAGUGGGUUUAACGCCGCAACAUCUUAAAACUCCAUCCAGGCUUCUUGAACCAUCUCCGGAAGAGACCACGGAUCUGGAGGAGCUUGAACAGUUUGCCAAGACGUUCAAACAGAGGAGGAUAAAGUUAGGGUUUACACAAGGAGACGUGGGCUUAGCUAUGGGAAAAUUAUACGGUAACGAUUUUUCUCAAACAACAAUAUCCAGGUUCGAAGCUCUAAACCUGAGCUUCAAGAAUAUGUGCAAACUGAAGCCUCUCCUCCAAAAAUGGCUAGAGGACGCAGACAGCACUAUGACCAAUCCAGGAGCUCUAAGCAACCCUCUGACGACACCAGAAGCCAUUGGAAGACGUCGCAAAAAAAGAACUUCGAUAGAAACGAGUGUGCGAAUAGCUUUAGAGAAAGCGUUUAUGCAGAACCCAAAGCCAACAUCAGAAGAAAUUUCAAUUUUGGCGGACGGUCUCUGCAUGGAAAAAGAAGUUGUGCGAGUGUGGUUUUGUAAUAGGAGACAGAAAGAGAAGAGAAUCAAUCCACCAGCUGCGGCGAUGGGUUCGCCGUGCUCAUCUGCCAAUACUAAUGGCGCAAUGUUCGCGAUUGCUAACUCACUAGCCCCUAGUCCUUUAUCUUUAGUCACAUCUAGCAGUCAUAAUUUCAAUCCCAAUAUGAUGGUCAAACAAGAAUGACCCCACGUUAACUUCUUUGCGGAUCACUAUUUAGAGUGAUACAACACAGUGCAAUGAAUAUUCAGUUUAUCACUGAUCACGCAGAAUGUUGCAAACAUAUUGAAUGCGAGUUCCUCGGAAAGGUAUGCCAUACCACUAGAUGACUAAUACUGAGAGAAAUAUUGAUUUAUUCCAAGAUAUCGCUAAAAAUGUUUUUAUUUGGAGCUAAUUUUCAGCUUUACUCUUCUACAUUGCCAUUAUUCAAAGAACAGUCUUCCACGAAUAAAAAGUUCCUAAACUAAUUAUAAGUUUUAACUCUAUUAUUUGAGCUCCAAAUUGAUGCCUUGGUUUUGUGGACCCCUGGUAUAAAAAUUUGCAUUCCGAAUAAGGUCAGUAUUUGAAUUUAUUAUCAAAUUGGUGAGGCUGAGUAGAUACUUUACGAUGAAAAUUUCGACAAUUAUGCCAAAAAUAAUUUAGUGUUAUAUGUAUAGGUUGUACAGUCUCUUAAUUUUUUUAUAUAGUGCUUUAUUUUUAUUGUAUAAAUGUAUGUAUUUGCAUUCAAUGUAUUAACUGAUUAUACUCUUAUGAAUGCCGGUAUUAAAUUUUGUGAAUGUCAAUGUAAAAUAGUGAUUUCAAAAAUUGACCGAAUAUUAUAUCAUUAAAUUGUUUUUACAUGGUAUGUUCCCCUACUUGAAAAAAAUUUUCAACAUCACACGGAGACGUAAAAUGAACAUAUCAGCUAUUUUUUUUCUAUUUUUACUCAAUAUUUGUUUCAUUUGGAAAAUAACAUACCAUGGAAACAAUAUUUUUUUAAUUGAUAUAAAUAUCACUCAUCCUAAAAUAUAUAGUCAGUUGACAUUCAUUUAGUAAAGCAGGGUCCUAAAAUAUUUAUAAAUGAAUGUUUGUCAUCUGUCAAAUAUGUAUAGUACUGUAGAUAGAUAGUAAGACAAUAGGCACAUUUAUAUAGAAUCGCAAAACAUUCGUAUAUUUAGAUAUAGUUAUUUGUUUAGCAUUCGAACGAUGUGUAUAUGAAAUUGAAAAAUAUUAAUCAUUUUGUCAGUGUAAAUAAUCGUAUGGUUCUUUUUUAUACGGAGGACCAAUCAGAAAUAUUUCAAAGUUCCUAACUGAAAUUAAAACGGUUGUUAUUAUAUUAAGAAAAUAUUGAUGUGUCCAUGAUAUCACCGUUAAUUUAUUUGAUUAUUGAGAAUUUAUUUAUAUGGUUUUUGUUUGUCAAUUUUUUGACUGACUACAUAUUUUUUGUUUUUAGACCUAUGAGAGAAUACUUUGAAUGGGGUCUAUUAUACAUUUAAUUUUUUUGGUAAAUAUUUCUGAAAAUUUGUCGUUUAAUUUUUAAUAUUCUCGAAUUCCCAAACACGAAAAUGAUUAGGAUCUCGAAAUUGUUUUUACACACAUAUAUUUACUUUUCCAAUGUAUAAAGUAAACCAUUGUACUCAAUAUAUCUCAGGUGAAUACGUUAUUUGAGAAAUGUAUCUAUUUAAACCAAUGGUAAUUGUGUACAUAAUUCAGAUUGUAGUAGAGAUCACACUUUUGAACCCUAAUAAUUUCUUUUGAACUCUUGUUAUAUUUGUUCUCUUCUACAAUCUAAUUGAUAAAGGAACAUAUGCAAAAUUGAUUGAAAAUAAACAUAUCAACUAAUAUCCCAAUGAAAAAAAUUGUACAGAUUACAAGCAAAAAAUUGACUUUGCAAAUGUUCCCAACAAUAUAUCAUAUCACUGUAAAAAUUGAUAGAUUAUUAUGUUAUCAUCUUACAAUAACUUCUGUGGAGAAUACUAACACAACAUCAACAUUUUAUAAAUCUUAAUAGUCAAGUGUUUUGAAGCCCAUUUAGAUUUUAGUCUUUGUAGGUAUAUGUGUGUAGUGAGUGUUUUAGAAGCACAACACUGUCUAGAUUCCACAGAAAAGAUUCAUAAUUUUCUUUAUUCGAAAAUUUUCACAUAAUCAUAUUUUGCAAAAUGUGGAAUGUUAGUCAUUGUUAAAACGGAUUAAUACUUGAUUGUAAUGAAAAAUUAUUACAAUCAGGUAUCUGGGUAACUUGUAUGGUAGUACAUUCAACAAAAAUUUAUGUAUAAGACCCUAUUCUGAAGUGUAAUAUAUUGGCGGUCUAGGCAAUAAACAUGUACAUUAUUUUCAUUAAAGAAAUAUGGAUUCAUAAAAAUUA